CAGCCUCUUGUCUCAUUUCCCGUCCCCAGGAGUCCGUAUGGACGUUUCCGGGGAUCUCCUGCACCAAAAAGAAACACAUAUAUUUAUAUAAUCAUAAAUAAAAAAUAUAUAUUUUUGGUAAUCCAUAUGGAGAAAUAGCUUUCGGAGAUUGGGUUGAUCGGAGCGAUGCACGCGGUGGGUGCCUUGGCGGUGGCGAGGAUGGUGGUGGCGGCGGGGAUGGGCGGCGGAGGGGGAGGGGGUUCGGUUGUGAUUCUGGAGACGGAGGACAUCGCGUUCGGAUCGGUGUACUGGUUCGUGUACGCGGGGAUCUCGUGCUUGCUGGUGCUCUUCGCCGGGAUCAUGUCGGGGCUCACGCUGGGGCUUAUGUCGCUUGGCCUCGUCGAGCUUGAGAUCCUCCAGCGCAGCGGCACCUCCACCGAGAAGAAGCAGGCAGCUACCAUCCUUCCAGUAGUUCAAAAGCAGCACCAACUUCUUGUGACUUUGCUUUUAUGCAAUGCUGCAGCCAUGGAGGCUCUUCCUAUAUUCCUUGAUAAGAUAUUUCAUCCUUUUGUGGCCAUUGUCUUGUCUGUUACAUUUGUUCUAUCUUUUGGAGAGGUUAUUCCACAAGCCAUAUGCACGAGAUAUGGAUUAGCUGUGGGUGCUAAUUUUGUAUGGCUUGUGCGCAUUCUGAUGCUCAUCUGUUAUCCGGUAGCUUAUCCUAUUGGGAAGCUUCUAGAUUGUGCACUUGGACAUAAUGAAUCUGCAUUGUUUAGACGUGCUCAGUUGAAAGCUCUUGUUUCUAUCCAUAGCAAAGAGGCUGGUAAAGGUGGUGAGCUCACCCAUGAUGAGACUACAAUAAUUAGUGGAGCACUAGAUUUGACUGAAAAGACUGCUGAGGAGGCUAUGACACCUAUUGAAUCAACGUUCUCCUUAGAUGUCAAUUCAAAAUUGGACUGGGAAGCAAUUGGCAAGAUUCUUGCUCGGGGCCAUAGCCGUGUCCCUGUUUAUUCAGGGAAUCCCAAAAAUAUUAUUGGCCUUCUGCUGGUUAAAAGUCUUCUUACAGUUCGUGCUGAGACGGAAACACCAGUUAGUGCCGUUUCUAUUAGAAGAAUUCCAAGGGUUCCAGCAGAUAUGCCACUGUAUGAUAUACUGAAUGAGUUUCAAAAAGGAAGCAGUCAUAUGGCUGCUGUUGUGAAGGCUAAGGGUAAAACCAAAAAUCUUCCACAUGCUGAUGCGGAAAAGACUGAAGAAAAUAAAGAAGCAAGUGGAGACUCCGCAAUAACAGCUCCUCUGUUAUCUAAAGUACAGAAGUCAGAAAGUGUUGUUGUUGACAUCGAGAAGUGGCAAAAUAAGCAGGUCAAUGGAAAUAAAACUAUCCCUUUGCAACAGAAUGAUGCAGCAACCAAUGCUGUCACUCGUUUGUCAGAGGAUAUUGAAGAUGGGGAGGUAAUUGGUAUCAUCACCCUUGAGGAUGUAUUUGAAGAACUCUUGCAGGAGGAGAUAGUGGACGAGACAGAUGAAUAUGUUGAUGUCCACAAGAGGAUUCGUGUUGCUGCUGCUGCUGCCGCAUCAUCAGUUGCUCGUGCUCCAUCACUUAGGAGGUUAACAGCUCAAAAGGCUGCGGGAGCUCAAAAUCGGCAAGGACAACAGCCAUCUGGAAUCCUAAAGAAGCCUACUGAAGGGGAAUCGAAUACACCUAGACAUCAAGUGAAUCUUGUGGAACCUCUUUUAGGAAACAAGAGAUAAGCCAAUAUACCAAAUUCUCCUUGCAGGAUUUAUUCCAGUCUGAGGAGAGUAAUUGGUUUGAGUUCUUCAAAACUGUUGGAGUGGUUGAUGAGGAAUUUAGCUUGCAGUGGAAGUGAUGCCAGAAGCUUAGCAGAUUACUUGCAGGGCCUUUUGUCAUAUAUAACUACAUGCUAGCAGUUCAUUGGAAUGACUCUUUUUCCCCUAUUUGUCAAUUAUCCAGUCAGACGUACAGUAAUAUCUUUUAACGAUCUUGAUUAAGUUUUGCCUCUUCAUCCUUUUAUUUU